UGUCUCUCAAUUCUAUUCUCUCUCUUUCCCCUCAGGAUAUUCAAGCCCUUUUGAAGAGGUGUGAGCUGCCGGUUUCCAGUCCUGGAGUGGUGUCUGUCGAUCUUCCUGAGGAUGUGGCUGAAGGAAGGUUGAGGUAUCUCAAAGUGUGGAAGGAAAUGAGAGCCGUGGUUUCACCAGUGCCAGAGCAGCUAACACUGGACCUGGAUACAGCUCACAAUGAUCUCGUCCUCUCUCCGGAUCUGAUGAGUGUGCAGUACGGGACCACCGAUCAAAAUCAUCAGGAUCACCCGAGAAGAUUUGUAGAAGAUUUGUGUGUUUUGAGUUCACAGAGUUUCAUGUCUGGGAGGCACUACUGGGAGGUGUAUGUUGGAUAUAAGAUUAGCUGGGUUGUGGGUGUCUGCACAGAGUCUGUAAACAGGAAUGGAAGCAUCUCCUACACACCGGAACAGGGACAGUGGGUUAUUGAUGUCUCUUCUAAUUCAGUGAAGAUACCAAAUGUCAUCUCCCAUCUGGAAAUAAAACUUCGAAAACUGGGGGUUUACCUGGAUUACGAGCGGGGCCAGGUGUCAUUUUACAAUGCUGACAAUAUGUGUCACAUCCACACUUACACAGACAGCUUCACUGAGAAACUUUAUCUCAUCUUAAAUCCAUAUACUAACAAAGCAUGCGAAAACCCUGAACCACUCACACUGCUCACCAGUUAACACAGUGGGACACGUUCUCCGAGGUCUCAGACUUCUCUGGACCCACUGAGCAGAUCUCACUGCACCGAUUCUCUGAAACACAACCAGAAAAAUCGGAGCACUCAGCAGUGGGGGAAACAUAGUUAAUACUUCAGGUCCAGACCAGCACGUGAGAACUGAUUCUCUGCCAUUGCUACUGACAGGUGAGGCUGUUCAUAUUGACGUCUAAUCUGUAAAUUAGUCUCGGUGUCUCCUUCCCAGCUCUCUCACACU